AUGAUGAAAUUCAUUGCUUUAGCAUUGAUUGCUUCAACAGUAUUGGCAGUCCAAAAGGAUACAAAAACAAUCUUGGCAGAAAUUGAUGCCGAUAACUUCGGAAACUCUAUUUUGUCAACAGUUCAAAUGUACUUGUAAGCAAAAGGAAAUGCAGAGGAAAUCUUAAUGUUAUUGAACCAAUUACUUGCUGGAUUAGUUGAUGAUUAAAAUAAACAUGACAAUGUUAUUAGAGUUGACAGAUCUGCAUGCACAAGAAUAGUAACUGAUCUUGAAAAUUCAAUUGCUUAUCAUACAGCAUAAGUUAGUGCAAAUGCUUAAAUGAGAGAAGAUAAUGAGAAAGCAUUGGCUGAAGCUGAAACUGAUGUCAGAUAAACAAUUCAAGUAAGCAUAUUAUUAAUAUCAAUAGGAUAUUGAAAGUAAUGAAAGAACAUUUGCUUAAGAAGAAGCAAAUAGAAACAAAGCUCAUGAAACAUGGGUUAGAAAGAAUGGUGAACAUGAUGAUGCUAUUGCUGCUGUUGAUGAAGCCACUAAAUUAGUUCAACAUCUUUCAUUAGGUGCCACAUUUGCUGAACUUAAACCAAAAUUUGAAGCUGUUCAAAAGAGAUUGAUUGAAAAUGAAAGUCAUGGAGCCUUAUUUUAACCAAUUGUUACAGCUCUUACAGAACUUGCUUCUAAGGUUGAUUAAAAAGCCAUUCAAAGAAUUUUAUAAUUACUUUCUCAACUUAGAUAAUAAUUAGUAGAAGCUAGAUCAGUUUUGGAAGUAAAUUUAUAUUUUUGAUUAUUAUUUUAGGAUACUGAAAAUAGAUAAGCUUAAAGAUGGGUUGAAUUUUCUACACAUUUGAGCAAUGAACACAAUAGAUUGGUUGAUAGAAAGAAUUAAUUAGAAUAAGCUAUUCAAACAUUCAAAACUAAUAUUGAUACAGCUACUCAUUUCUUUGAAGUCCAUACUGUAUUUUUAUAUUAUUAUAUUAAAGUUGGAAGUAGAAUCAGCUUAAGAGACUCUUGAUGCAGAAAAUGAAUGGUGUGCUUUAUAAGAAUAAACUUAUGAAACUCAAUCCACUGAGAGAUAGAGACAAUAAGAAAUCGUUGAAAGAAUAUUAGAACACUUGACUGAUAAAUUAACCGCUACCUCAUAAUACCUUGGAGGAAGAUUCUGAU